UAAUUUUCUAAAUUUUCGGUCGAUGUUAUAAGAGAGUUGUGUAAACGUACAUAUUUAUUUACACGCAUCAUAAUACAUUUUUGAAAUAUCUGAGAUUUUUAAUUCAUACUCAAUUAUGUACCUACAUUUGCCAUGUGUGUACCUGUACUUUUUUACUUUAAUUAUUUCCGCUCUCGCUUAUAUUGCACAUCUAUUCGAAUGAAAUAUCGGCUGCGCUGAAGCUAUAAAGGAAGCCUAUGAAACUUGAUUAAAUCAGAAUAUGUUAGCGUUGUUCAAGUGAUGGCCAAACUAGCGGGUAGAUUGGCUGAUUAAAAUUGGUAGUAGGUAUAAUAAAAAUGACCAAUAUAGUAAGCUCUGAUCGCCCUAGCCGGUAUUUUGGUGUGCACUACGGCCUCCUAAGGUUCUUGGGGCUAGGCUGGUGGCAUCACCCGGACGAAGGUGAUUUCAGGAACUUCCCGAGCUGGUACCUGUACUAUUCUAUUCUCACUCAAGUCGUUUGGGUGGCGGGUUUCGUCGGUCUCGAAACCAUCGAUCCAUUCGUUGGCGAAAAGGACAUCGACCGAUUCAUGUUCAGUCUCUCAUUCGUCAUCACCCACGACCUCACUUGCAUCAAGCUGUAUCUCUUCUUUUUCAAAAACCGUGCUAUCCAGGAGAUCGUACGCACCAUUGAAAUCGACGUUUACGAUUACUAUCAAAAUGUUGAUAAAAACCGCAGAACAAUCAGAACUACAAGGAUAAUGACGGCAUCCUUUGUUUUUUUCGGAUGGAUUACUAUUGGCAAUACGAACGUCUACGGCACUAUUAUGGAUUUAAGAUGGAAGAGAGAAGUAGCUCUUUUAAACGAUACUGCCUUAAAGCCGCCACGGACGCUCCCUCAACCUAUCUACAUACCAUGGACAUAUCAAUCGGAUGAGUCAUAUAUCGCGACGUUCGUUCUGGAGACAGUGGGUUUGCUGUGGACGGGACACAUCGUGAUGACUAUAGACACUUUUAUCGGGUCACUCAUUCUUCACAUGAGCUCUCAGUUCUCAAUACUACAAGAGGCAUUCAUGACUGCAUAUGACCGCGCUCUAUCGCAACUAAUCUCAGACAUGCCGCUUGAUAUUGAUACGCAGGAUGAAUUAAUUAAUAGGAAUAUUUACAUUCUUAAACACCGUCUGGAUGAGAUAGAAGCUAAAGUUAAAUCAUUUUAUACUGAAAUUCAAAUUGAAUCUGCUAUAGAAAAAUCGGUAAAGAGUUGUCUUCGUCAACAUCAAUUGUUGAUUAGCUGCGUGGAAAAAUUCCGAGUGACUUACUCCUACGGCUUCAUGACUCAGCUGCUCUCCAGCAUGGCGGCCAUUUGCGUCGUAAUGGUGCAAGUUUCGCAAGAUGCAUCGAGUUUCAAGUCAAUUCGUCUCGUGACAUCCCUGGCGUUCUUCAUGGCAAUGAUCAUACAACUUGCCAUACAAUGCUUCACGGCGAACGAGCUUACGCUUCAGGCCGAGCGCGUUUCGGAUGCUGUUAUGCAGUCGAAAUGGGAGCGUAUGUCGCCUCGUGUACGUCGGUAUCUCCUCAUGGCAAUGAUGCGAGCACAACGGCCUCUCCGGCUAUCAGCCGCCGGCUUCGCUUACAUGGACAACCGGUGCUUCUUGGCAAUAAUGAAGGCCGCCUACUCGUACUACGCCGUCUUGAGCCAGAAGGAGGUGUAGACAGAUUAAAUACUAGCUGGUAUUUGGCUAUACAUAGCAGAUACGCCACUUCAAGACAAGAUUGUUAGGGUUCCGUAGCCAUAGGGUAAAUCGGGACCCUAUUACUAAGACUCCGCUGUCGGCCCGUCAUGAACCGUGAUCAUGUAUUACUGUUGCCGCAUAACAACAAAUACUAAAAAGUACGCAACCCUAGGUGGGCGAGUCUGACUUGCACUUGUCCUUUUUUUUAUUCUGUGAGAAAUGUGAGCCAUCGCCACCAAUAGCAAUAGGAUAUAGAUUAAAAAGUCGAUUAAUUUAGUCUAACAAAUAAUAUAUGUACCUUUUUAUUAUUAAUAAAGAUAGUUUUGAGCUUAAUAAAAAUAAUAUAGCUUUUUUAUAAAGCACUGAUGUCUGUUAUACUACCGCUCUCCCGUUAUUUGGUCAGUAUUUAUUUUAUGUAGCGAAAAAAUGACAUAAAACGAGAUCAAAAUUAUUGUUGCGUAUUCAACGAAUUUAAUUUAAAAAAAAACUCAUAUAAAAC